AUGUUUGCGCGACUUUUCAAAGCAGUCCCGGUGGGGACUCAUGCUACCGCCGCUCUGAGGGCUCCUCCUGCCUUCAAUGCUCGAUUCAUGGCUACUGUCAGCCGAACCGAUCCUCUCCAGACCCCUUCCAAGAAAGUACACCCGUCGGCUCACGACCGGGCGACUUUCACCAUCAGAGAUGGCCCUGUAUUCCACGGGAAGUCCUUUGGCGCCAAGAGGAACAUUUCUGGUGAAGCUGUCUUCACCACUUCCCUCGUGGGAUACCCUGAGUCCUUGAGUGACCCGUCUUACCGUGGUCAGAUUCUGGUCUUCACGCAGCCCUUGAUUGGCAACUACGGCGUUCCAUCUGCUGAGCGUGAUGAGAAUGGCCUUCUCAAAUACUUCGAGUCACCAAGCCUGCAAGCCGUCGGUGUUGUUGUUGCCGAUGUUGCGGAGCGCUACAGCCACUGGACUGCUGUGGAGAGUUUGGGUGAAUGGUGCACCAGGGAAGGCGUUCCAGCGAUUUCCGGAGUAGAUACCCGUGAAAUCGUCACCUAUCUGCGAGAGCAGGGCUCCUCCCUCGCCAGAAUCACAAUCGGCGAGGAGUACGAUGCUGAUCAGGAUGAGGCCUUCAUUGACCCGGAACAAAUUAACUUGGUUCGGAAAGUCAGCACCAAGGCUCCCUUCCAUGUCAGCCCUGGUAACAGCACCGCACACGUGGCUGUUAUCGAUUGCGGCGUGAAGGAGAAUAUCCUGCGCAGCCUGGUCAACCGGGGCGCCAGCAUCACCGUUUUCCCCUUCGACUACCCCAUCCACAAGGUCGCCCACCACUUCGACGGAGUUUUCAUCUCCAACGGACCCGGUGACCCAACCCACUGCCAGGACACCGUUUACAAUCUCCGCAAGCUGAUGGAGACAUCCCAAGUGCCAAUCAUGGGUAUCUGUCUUGGACACCAGCUCCUUGCCCUCGCUUCCGGUGCUCGUACCAUCAAGCUGAAGUACGGCAACCGCGCCCAUAACAUCCCAGCUCUGGAUUUGACUACCGGCCGCUGUCAUAUUACCAGCCAGAAUCAUGGAUAUGCCGUGGACGCUUCAACUCUAUCCAGCGACUGGAAGCCAUAUUUCAUCAACCUGAACGACUCGAGCAAUGAAGGUCUAAUCCACAAGAGCCGACCAAUCUUCAGCACCCAAUUCCACCCAGAGGCAAAGGGAGGCCCACUGGAUUCCUCAUAUCUCUUCGAUAUCUAUAUCGAAAGUGUGCACAAGUACAAGGCCACCCAGGCGGUAUUCCAACCGCAUCGGGACAGCCGCCCAAGUCCCCUUCUUGCUGAUAUUUUGGGCAAAGAACGGGUUGGAGUGCAGACUACUAUUGGUGUUGAGAAUGGCCCAGUCGCAGAUGAUGCUGUUGCUCCUAUUGCUGCCGCUGCUGCUUAA